CUGUCAGUCGGUGGGCGGGGCUGUCAGUUGAUCAGCCAGUUUAUGGGCAGGGUUAAUAAAUUAAUCGGUCAGAUUCGGGUGUUGUCUGAUAGAUAAUGGCGGUGGGAAUGAUUGUUUUGCUGUUGUUUGUGUUGACGUCCUUUCGGGGCUCAAUCUCGAUUCCCCCUCACGAUGAGGCGGCCCAGAUGGCCCGGUAUAUCGUCCAUGCAUCUGACUGGUGCUCGAUGGCCACCAUCUCCACCCAGGCCGCGGUCCGGGGGCUGCCUUUCUCCAAUGUUUUCUCGGUGAGCGAUGGGCCCUUGGGGAAGGGCACAGGGGAACCUUACCUGUACCUGACCCCAUUGGAAAUCUCGGUGCACGACAUCCAGGCUAAUCCAGACGUAUCCCUGGCUAUGUCAUUGGCAGCAACGGACUACUGUAGGAAACAAAAGUUUGAUCCCCAAAGCCCACUUUGUUGUCGUGUGAUCCUCUCUGGAAGAAUUUUGGAGGUGAACAGCACGGAGAUUGAUUUUGCAAAGAAAGCUCUCUUCAGCCGUCAUCCGGCAAUGCCUGACUGGCCACAUGAUCAUGGAUGGUACUUUGCCAAGCUCAACAUUACCAACAUUUGGGUCCUGGAUUACUUUGGUGGAAUUAAAACAGUAACACCAGAGGAGUACUACAGAGUUAAAGCCUGAAUGUGAAAGAAUUUGACUGGUGAACAAAGGCCAUGAACGUUGAUGAUCAGAAUAUUGAAUUUUUCAAGAUUUCCCUCAACUGAAAACUGCUGCAUGAGAAAGGGAGCUUCUCUGAGCUAACUAAUGAAAUAGAAUUAUAGAGUUGAAUGAUUAUAUUUUCUAGAAAGCACUGUUUUCACUUAUCUUGCAGUUUUGAGGACAUGAUACUUUUGCAGUAUAUUCUGUAGUUCUUCUAAACUGGGAACUGAAGUAAGGAAUGUUCAGAUUGUCAUAAUUAACUAAAUACUUUUUAUAUGUCAUAGAACUGUAUUAAGAUUCUAUAAUAUGUAAUGGGCUGAAACAAUAUUACUAACAAUUUGCUGUUUAUAGAAAAAUCUAUGUAUAAAGUUGAGAACAAAUUACAAUUUACAAUGUUUUAAUUUAAGUAUAUUUUUUCAAAGGAUUAAUCUUUAAUCAAAAAAAAUUCUUAACACAAAUCAGGGAGAAGUAUAUUG